AAAGAUUUAAAAUAUGUCAAAAAUUUGGUUUCUAUUAUUUUUUUUUAAACGUGGAUUAUUACAAACGCUUGUAGAUAAAGUGCAAAGAGAGAUAAUCAAAAACAGGUACCUUGGCAACGUAACAAUUUAUUUCCAAUAUGAAGUAUCUUUUGAAAUUUAUUUAACUUCCACUUUAAACGAAUGGUCAAAUGUAAUUCACAUCACGAAUGGAAAUGAGUAUGAUGACGGAUCCAGAAUUCCGAGUGUAUAUUUUACACCUAGCAGUAACAGUGCAGAAAUUUGCUCAUCAGUAAACGGAAACAGUCGUUAUUGUUUUUAUACAAAAUCCUUACCACUAAUGGAAUGGACUAAGGUAACAAUAAAACAGUUUUUGAGUAAUGGUAACUACUUUUUUUCUAUCGAAAUUAAUGAUGAGAUCGUUCAUUCAGUGCAAAACACUAAAGUUGGCCUCUUUAAAAACGUUCUUGUUUAUGUCAGCAGUCCAUUGUGGAGUGCAACACCAGGAUACAUAAGAAACUUAUAUAUACUAACGCCUAAAGCAGACACCUACUCAUUUUAUAGAGGCUUAAGUGACAAUGCCACCUUGUCUAUGUCAGAUGUUACUAAAAUUGCUAAUACACUUAUUAUUAAAGCUGACGCAAUAGUUACUUAUAUGGAUCCUUCAAACGAGGCAUACGAUGUUGACGCAUGCAUCUUUACAUGCUUACAAAACGCUGAUUGUUAUUCUCUAAGUUAUUCUCAAGUUGGAAAUUUAUGCAUGUUAUUUAACUUAAAUAUCAGAUACAACCAAAAUCUUUUUACCAGUAAUAUAAAUUGGGACAGUUAUGUGUUAUAAGUUGAGACAAUUAUGCAUUAUUUGAUGUUUUUAUUAAAGAUUGUAACACAAUUGAAGAGUGUUUUCCUAAAUGUUUUUUCAACAUAUGGAUUCCUUACUGUAAAAAGUACAAAUCUUACUAUGUUAAAAUGAAUAAAACAAUUUUAGAUUAUUGAUAUUCA